AUGGAUGCCCAGGGCCAGGGAGAGCAGGGGAAGGCCCAGAAGGGGAGAGUGGGCAGCAGCAUGUGGCCAGAAAGCACCCUCAUUGCCUGGACCCCCACCUGCAAACAGGCACAGAGGGGUCGCCACACAUCACGCCGCCGCCACCGAACCACCUUCAGCCUGGGCCAACUGCAGCAGCUAGAGGCAGCCUUCGGGGAGAACCGGUACCCUGAUAUCUGGGCCCGGGAAAGCCUUGCCCGUGACACUGGACUCAGUGAAGCCAGGAUCCAGGUCUGGUUCCAGAACCGAAGAGCCAAGCAGAGGAAGCAAGAAAGGGCCCUGCUGCCAGCGCCGCACCCUAUCUCCCCAGUCCCCUUUUCUGCACUGCUACCUCAGACCCCAACUAUACCCUGCUGCCCAACAGUGUCCUCUGUCCCUGGAGCCUACUGCCUGACACCAUCUAGUCCCACCAUCCCCUCUCAGCCCUGCCCCACACCUGCACUGGCUGGACCUCUGCAGUCUGAAGACUGGUACCCCAGCUGGGUUCCUGGGCCCACAGGUCACCUGCCCUGCCCCCCACCUGCAGCCCUGCUCCCCCUUCUCCUGGAGUCCCCAAAGUCCUGGAACUAA